CUGUCCGCGGGACCUAGUGCUGAAGUCGGCGCCGACGUGCCAGGCAGGCGCGCCCUGGUAGCCCCGGCGAGGCGAAGACCAUGGCGUUCAUGGUGAAGCAUAUGGUGGGCGGCCAGCUGAAGAAUCUCACCGGGAGCCUGGGGGGCGGCGAGGACAAGGGGGACGGGGACAAGUCCGCCGCCGAAGCGCAGGGCAUGAGCCGAGAGGAGUAUGAAGAGUACCAGAAGCAACUGGUGGAGGAGAAGAUGGAGCGGGAUGCACAGUUCACCCAGAGGAAGGCAGAGCGGGCCACACUGCGGAGUCAUUUCCGAGACAAAUACCACCUGCCCAAGAACGAGACAGAUGAGAGUCAGAUCCAGCUGGCAGGUGGAGAUGUGGAGCUGCCUCGGGAGCUGGCCAAGAUGAUUGAGGAGGACACAGAGGAAGAGGAGGAGAAGGCCUCUGUGCUCGGGCAGCUGGCCAGCCUCCCUGGCUUAGACCUCGGCUCACUCAAGGACAAGGCCCAGUCCACACUGGGGGAUAUCAAGCAGUCAGCUGAAAAGUGCCAUGUCAUGUGACCACUUCCCCUGGGGCUGCCCCCCCCCCACACCCCGGAUGGCCAGAGGGGUGAAUGCAUAGGAGGGCUAAGAGUGUGUCUCAACUUGCAGAGACCUCUACUCCACUUUGGACUUUGUUUCCCCUGCUCCCUCCCAGCCCCGGAGCAUUCUCACCCAUGCUCCUGCCUGCCUCUGGUCUCUCCCUUCCUGCUAGGAAACUUCCCAUCCCUCCCUCUAGCUGUCAGGAGACCCAUCUCUCCUCAGCCUGGAGAGGCUUCCCAAGAUGAUGGGAUCAGGCCCAGAGCUCUCUGGAUGUGGCCACUCAUUCCAGCACAUGGGAGCGCUCACGGAGGGACACCGAAGCCCUGACUCACUUGCCACAGAUGUAUCCAUGCACACACACACACACACACACACACACACACACACCUGUCACAGACAUAUCCAUACACACACAGAUCCAUAUCCCCCGCUUGCCCAGCCCCUCCAGGCACCAACACUCAGAUGAUCUCAGAAGGGGCUUUGGUAGACCAGAAGGCUGUUCCAAUCUCACCUCUGUUAUCCUUGCAGCCACUCCUCUUUCGGGGCUUCAUCUCAUCACGAUCUGGAAAAUGGGGAAUGGCCUGAAUGAUUUCUAAGAUUCUUUCCCACUUGGCAUCCUGGCCACUGGGAACAGAGCCUGUACCCCUUCUUGGGCAGGGCAGCAGCUGCAGCCACAGCCUCAUGCAGCUGCCACUGUGGGCUCGGGAGCUGAGCAAUGCUGUGGGAGAGGCGGAGUGCCAAGGAUGGAGCUGGCACUGAACGGUAGCCCAAGCAGCUCCACUUAGUGUUCUCUGGGCCCAGGGCCCAGCCAAUUUCUGUUCUGUUCCUUUAGAACUCUCUCUCUGGAUUCCAUAGUUGGAAUUUCCUCUCUC